AUGUUAGAUGGUACCAUUUCACAGACUGGUUGCAUUUGGCACCAGGUACUCCUCACGGUUUUGGCCAAUGGCCACACCCAUUCCAUUCCUUUCCUAGUUUGCCCAAUAGGCAGCACCCCGGCAAUACUUGGCAUGACCUGGCUCACAAGUGAAUCCCCGCUAAUUGACUGGCAGCAAGGGUCAAUCACAUUCCCAGAACAAGUCCAGAUUGCAUCAGAAGAAGAAGCAGACCAAAAUCCAUUAGCUGACUUACCUGAGCAAUAUCACAAAUUUGCUAAAGUCUUUGGGGAAGAAGAGUUCAAAGUCUUACCCCCCCAUAGGGAAUACAAUAUAGCCAUUGACCUAAUACCGGACGCCAAACUCUCACCUGGGCCCAUUUACGGCAUGACUGACGCAGAAUCCAAGGCACUGAAACAACACAUUGAUGAGGAGCUGGCAACAGGCAAGAUCCGCCCUAGUACCUCCUUGGCAGGUGCCCCGGUCAUGUUUGUGAAAAAGGCAGACGGAUCCCUCAGGCUAGUUGUUGAUUACAGGAAGCUGAAUGACGUCACCCAUAAGAACGUAUAUCCUUUACCAAGGCAGGACAACCUCAUGGCUAAACUUAGACAUGCCAAAGAAGGUGACAAAUGGAAAACGGCCUUCAGAACCAAAUAUGGCCUAUUUGAAUACCUAGUUAUGCCUUUUGGUCUUACCAAUGCCCCUGCAGCGUUCCAACAUUUUAUGAACAACUUAUUUAGGGAUCUUAUUGACGUCACUGUGGUCAUAUACCUGGAUGACAUACUGAUCUUCUCAGAGAAACCCAAGGACCACCCAACCCACGUCAGGGAAGUCUUAUCACGGCUACUGAAGAAUCAGUUGUUCUGUAAACUCUCCAAGUGCCACUUCCACGUCACAACAGUGGAUUACCUUGGUAUUGUCAUUUCCCCAGCUGGGUUCUCAAUGGAUCAGAAGAAGAUUGAGGCUGUCACCUCCUGGCCCACGCCCAAGACUGUCAAACAGGUCCAGGCCUUUCUAGGCUUUGUCAACUACCUCAGGCGCUUCAUCCCCAACUUCAGCUUGGUUGCACGCUCCCUCCAUAAUCUCACCAAAAAGGAAUCCCUCUGGUCAUGGGGCAAUUCAGAAGAAGCUGCAUUCCAAGAAUUGAAGGCUUUGGUCACAAAAUCUCCGGUCCUAAUUCAUUCCAACCCUGAACUCCCUUACUACUUGGAAACAGAUGCAUCAGGAGUAGCCAUGGGGGCCAUUCUCAGCCAACAAGGAGAAGACAAUCAUUUACAUCCGGUUGCAUAUAUGUCCAAAUCUUUUUCAGGGGCUGAAGCUAACUACAAUACCCAUGACAAGGAGCUUCUGGCAAUCAUUAAAGCCCUGGAAGAGUGGAGGAUCUUCUUGGAAGCCACGGACAAACCAAUCCAAGUCUUUACAGAUCAUAGGAAUCUAGAGUACUGGAUGCAGGCACAAACGUUUAACCGCAGACAUGCCCACUGGAGAAUAUUCCUGAGCGAUUUCAAUUUUGAAAUACACUAUUGA